CAACGUUCAGUUUAUGAAUUGUUUAUCGUCACGACGCCACAGGACGCUGCUUUAUAUGUGGACAAGACAGCGAACUGGCAUUCAUUUUGACAACAAUUUGUCGUUUUGAAUGCGGGGGAUUUCGGUUUGCCAGAUUUUAAUCUAUACUACCUUUCGACAUAAAGGUCGACAUUGCUGAAUGAGGUUACGUGUCGAGGAGCAGUUGACUGGUCGAUAUCUCAAAACUGGCGAUAUUUCAAAGGGACUUCAGGAUUGUUUGAUUUUAAUAAGUACACACCUUGUUGCGGGAGUAAACCUGGAGAAGUUAAUCUUAGUCGAACUAGACUCAGCAUGGAGGAAGCUCAAAUAAAGUCACAAGUUAUUAAAGCUGACAGCUCGCUUACAACGACUCUAUCAAGACUUGCAAACGUUCGAGUACAGGUUGAACUAAUUCAAGAAGACACCAAAAGAUUAAAGCAAGGAUUCUCAGAAAUGGCUAAACGGAUAAAUGUAUUGACUGCAAGUUACCACGAAGAAAGGGACAUAAUUUUAAAACGACGCACGAAAGCAUGAAACUGCAAGUUUGGUUGAUAAACUUCUCACUGCCUACAGACGAGAGAUUUGGCUUCUACCUGCAACUGACAGUCGCUAUUUUUCAUUACGACAGUUCCUUGAAGUAUUCAGUAUUUUUUCGGAUUUGAAACUCUUUCAUCAUUAUAGCAUACAUCAAACAAUUAGCUACAGUACACAUGGUGUCGAAAGCCUGCUGAGUAAUAAUUAAAAAUAUCGUCACUCAAUGUUCAGAAUGUGUAAUUUUAAUUUUCUGACCUUGAAUUCACAAUGCUGUUAUAGCCCUUUGUUAUUUACCCCACGUGCGUUCGGUGUGGGAGAUACCAACUGCUCACAGAGUGUUUGUUAUUACAUUCACCCUUUUAGAAGUGCUCAGGGGAGCCUGAAGAUUCUUACCAAUAAGCAAAUGAAUCAUAAAUUUAAAAAAAUAAACAAAUAAAUAAAUAAUCAAAUAAAUAUAACGAAUAAAUAUAUACGACUAAGAAUUUAUAAGAAACGGUUCAAGGAAAGGUUAAAUUACUUCCAAUUAUAAAGAUGAAGAAUUAACUAGAAUUGGAGUAAAACUGAAGAGGUUUUUCUAAAAAAUAUAUUAACGCUAGUCACGGUAGAAGAUUAAUCUGCUGAAUUAGUUUUCAGUCGGCACAACUUUACCAGACAUUUUUUGCCAAACACAGCUCCUGUUUCACUUGUAGUCAUUUACCUUCUUAUUUUGAACAUGACACAAUUAACUCAUGUUGUUGUUAGAGAAAGGUGAAAGACUUUUUAAGGUAUUGUUUUGUUUCCCUUAUAGCCGCUGCCGUAGACUCGUAGCCAUAACGCUGUAUACCUAUCGAGGUUCAAACAGAAGAAACUAACUGACUAAACUUAAUUUUUGCUAAACGAAAAGGUGAAGUUGAAUUUUCCUCUUGAAUUUUGUAGGCUUGGUAAAUACUGAUUGCUCGGGUGAUUGAUAUUGAUUUUGUUCACGCCAGUCACAGAAUAUUGCAUUUUAAAAUUGUUUUUAUAACAGCACCGGAGGCAGUCUUAUUCCUUUUUUCUUUACUGCCACUUGGAGAAAGGAAAACAGCUGCGUGCGUUGAACUUCGUGUAACCGGGGUUGAUCAGGAAGAGCGAAAGACAUUGUCGCCUGGUAUGAAGAGAAUUAAAAAUCAUCUGUAAAACUGCAAAACAAAAACAAUUAUCAAAACGAUGGAUUUGGAGGCAAUACCAGAUUAACUCCUAAAACUUAAUUCAAUGGGGUCAAGGACUUUCCAAAGAUGCUACUGACAGAGAGACACUUAUUAAAUUUAUAGUCAGUACACUACAUGAUGUUACACCACGUACUUACGGUGCAUCUAUGAAGCUGCUGGAAGUCUGCAUGUUCAGUUAUGCAGUUUACAAACUUCCCUCGCUACCUCAUAAACAAAACAAUGUUCUGACGAUUUUGCAGAGCUUUAGACUCGUAACAGAUGAAUAAUCGCCAUUUCCAUGCAGCCAGGUUGUUUUCAAUGUUUUGACAGUUUGUGGAUGGGUCUGAGAAAAUCCAAGCCCCGGCGCUCCGAGGGUUAUGAUGGUGUAACUUCGACUGAUGAAGUGAGCAAGACUCUGCAAACAGUGGUAACCGAAUACAACCCAAUUCACCAGGAUUCUGUCACUUGUAUCGAUGCAUUUGCACCUGGAACUUGUGUUACAGGGAGUAAAGACUACUCAGUGGUUUUGUUUGAGUGGAAGCAAGGUAUCCCACAUCAUAAGUGGACUGGUCAUACAAGAGAUGUCACUAAAGUAAAACAUGUAGGUGCCACAGUAUAUAGUUCUUCUAGAGAUAAAACAAUAAAAGCAUGGCAUCAAGAGAAAAAUGAUCCUCUCUUGACCUUUGAAGGCCACAGGCUGGUGGUAACUGCUAUAGAUCUAAAUGAUGAUGGAACAUUAUUAUUCUCUGGGUCAAGAGAUAACUGUGUGAGGCUUUGGGACACCACUAGAAAAACAAGUGUCAGUGAAAAGGAAGUGUCUAGAAAUCUGGUAAGUUGUGUGAAAUGGAUUCCUGGAACUCAGACUCAAGUUGCUCAAACUGGGGAAGACAAAAUGCUAAGAGUGUGGGAUACAAGGAACAUGCAGCCUGUAUUUACGUUUCCUGCUCAGCAAUACUUUCAGACAUAUUGUGAUUGCUCAAGAGAUGGACGAUUUAUUUUGACAUGUAGCAAUGGAUUCAAUGGAAAAGGCUGUGAAUCCACUCUUUGGGAUGUGAGAGCACAGCAAAUGAUCUGUCGGUACAUUGGCCACUACCAAACUACAUCUGCUUGCAUUUUUCUUCCUCGUUUGGAACAUGUUUGGUCUAAAGAUCUAAUUGCUACAGCCUCGCAUGAUUCAACCGUGAAAAUCUGGGAAAGAGAAGGAACAGAAUGUAUUACCACUCUUGAUUGUGCUGGAGCUGGUCCAUUGACUGAUCUCUGUGUGUGGGAUGAUGGAAGUAUAUGCAUUUCCACAACAAAUAUGGGCGUGUUCCAGUGCGUAUUGGACUCCUGUGAAGCCAAACCACAGCUCAGGAAGAAAUGUCAAUUUUAGCUGUUUUGCACAAUGGUGUAACA